CGAUUAGUGUUGAAUUGAUUGCUAAUAAAUGAAAUUGAAACAAUUGAAUGCUAUUGGAUAGGAGAUGAGAUUGUCCCCCCGCGAGAGAUGAGAUUGUCCCCUUAGCGCAGCAACCGAGCGCUUUUCCAGCAUUUGUUUUGCUCCUGGUCCGUAGCUGUCAUCGACGAGUGUGUGGUGAAGAAAAAUCUAUUUCUCCAAAAGGAUUGCACACACUAAUUUGGUCAUGUCGCUGAAAUCGCAAGACGAUAUUCCGCUCGCCGAUGACGAUCUGGAAGUCAUCAUUAACGACGACGAGAGCUCCAAGUACAUGUGCAAUGGGCGAUCGCUGGACUCUAUUGCGAGCUCGUACACAAACGGCAACUCGAGCCCGCAACAGUUCCUCGACAACGAGAGUCCGGAUGCGGACGAGCAGGAGGAAAAGGCACGGCUGAUUGCGCAGGUGCUCGAGUUACAGAACACUCUGGAUGAUCUGUCGCAGCGCGUCGACAGCGUGAAGGAGGAAAAUCUCAAGCUGCGCUCCGAGAACCAGGUGCUCGGACAGUACAUCGAGAAUCUGAUGUCCGCCUCGUCCGUGUUUCAGUCGACUACGCCCAACAACGUGCAAAAGAAAAAGUAAUACUCACGAUCGGUUGCCGCCGUUCGCUUCGGAUGCUGUUGCGCUGCAGGCUGAAGAGCUUUGAAGCCAAAGAUAUUCCACGCUGCCGCUGCCGCUGCUACUACUAUAGUCGUUGUUGGACCAACGUAAAGACACAUACUCGUGCCGGAUGGCAUGUUCGUUGUUCUAGAGGGGCAAAGGAUCGACACUUGCGCUUCGAUGACCUGGCCAGCGAAACGCAUAAAGACACACACAAUAGACUGUUGUUAGGCCGAGCUUUUCUCCUUCACUGCGUAACAUGGUUGCGCAUAUACGUAUUCUCUCCUCAACAUUCUGUUCUUCGUCGUUAGCCUCAACCGGCCUUAUACUGUAUGAUACUCACGCGGUGGUUUCAGUUCGCCCGGUCGCCCUCUAGUCCAGCGGGGAAAGUUUCUUAAUUUUAAGUCACCCAUAGCUCGUUCUGCAAUAUAUAUCCCCAUUCCCACUAGCAAAUUAACUUUAAGAGACGAAUACCGCUUUUUUGUGUAACCGCUUUUGGUUUUAUUCUGUUCCUAAUAAAUCGCUUUUAUGUACACGU